AGUUGUUACAAUAGGUUGUAGUAUGAGACCACAUCACGACCUAAGGUGGUGCAGUGAUGUCUGGGUUGGCUGUGGUGUGUCUCCUGCUUCUGCAGACUGGAGCUCAUGCAUUUGAUAUAUUUGGAGGAGAAUCUCUGAACCAUCAGGAGAUCACUGAGAGAGCGCUCUUAAAUACCACUGUGCAGGUGUGCCGUGCCCUGGCCCUGGCUGAAGGCAAAGACUUCACUUUUCCUCCACAGCCGUUUACCGCUGAGUCUGUUGCUGCUGCAUGUGCAUCAAAAUCAUCCAAGAGCUUCCGCCGAGCCAUCAGGUUAAUCAAAUACACGAAUGUAGGAGUAGACUUAUUUACUUUCUACAGUGCUAGCUUUCACUUUGACAAUGAAGAAUUCAUUGAGGGAAGGGAAAUCAUCACAAAAGGAUUGUCAGCUGUGAAGGCCAACAACAAGGAAAAUAACUUCUUGACAUCGAGAAUAAGAUUGGGAAUAAUAUUACACCCUUUACAGGAUUUCUACAGUCACAGUAACUGGGUGGAACUGGGAAACGAGCGUCCAAACUCCAAUCUGAUCAAAUCAGGCACCAGCAUUGGGAACAUAGCAGAUAAAAGCAGAGAGACAUGUCGCAACUGUGAUGGAGACGACUGCACUAACAACAUUUUGGAGGAUAUCCUAGACGAAAAGAUACUUACCUCGGGAUAUUUUGAUUUUGUACCUGUUUUCUCCACAAAGCCUAAAGGAAAAUGCAGCCAUGGAGGAGGAAUUGAUCAAACAAGUAAGAUUGAGCCUAAAGGUGGGAUCAACAAGGACAAGUUUAAUUCCAGUCAUGGACAUCUCCAUGCUGAAGCAGCAAGAGUGGCAAUAGCUGCAACCGGUGAGCUACUGGAGGACGUUCGAGGGGCUGCUGGUGACAGACCAUUCCUCCAGAUGAUGGGAAUAAUCAAAGGUAAACCUCUCUGUUUUGUGAUUGACACCACGGGGAGCAUGGCUGAUGACAUUGCGACAGUGAGGCUUGUCACUUCCUCUAUAAUCAACAGUAAAGUGGGAACAGAUGAGGAGCCUUCACUUUACAUUCUUGUACCGUUCAAUGAUCCAGAUUUUGGACCACUGAUAAAGACUACAGACCCAGAAGUUUUCAAGAAUGCUAUUAAUUCACUAUCAGCACUUGAUGGAGGAGAUUUUCCAGAAAUGAGUCUCUCAGGACUUCAGCUGGCUUUAACUGGUGCUCCCUCAAAUUCUGAGAUCUUCCUCUUCACUGAUGCACCUGCCAAAGACGUUCACCUGAGAAGCACAGUGAUCGCACUCAUAGAGCGGACCCAAACAGUGGUGAACUUCAUGAUUACUGGCACUGUGUUUGGUCGUCGAAGACGGAGUGAUAACAACCAACAACAACAGCUCAGUCGGAUGGGGAGUUCAGCUGCACAGCUGUACAGAGACCUGGCUCAGGCUUCAGGAGGUCAGGCUAUUGAAGUCACUAAAAGUGAGCUGCUCGAGGCUACCAACAUCAUAACAGAUUCCUCCAGCUCCUCUCUGGUAACUCUGCUACAGGCGGCCAGGAGCCCAGGGAAGGCCGAAAAUUUCACUUUCACAGUUGACGAGUCAGUAAGAAACCUCACAAUUUACAUCACUGGGAGCUCUGUCGACUUUACUCUCAUCAGUCCCGCAGGUGUUUCUCAGAACAGUGCUAACAUGACAGGAUCAUUGAUCAUUACAUCCCAGUUGGUGGGAAACUUCCGGACUCUGCGGCUAAACACACAAGUGGGACUGUGGGAAAUUAAAAUGGUGUCAACAAAUCCGUACACUCUGAAGGUUGUAGGUGAGAGUUCCAUUGACUUCCUGUUUGACUUUUUGGAGGUGUCGCAAGGCCCAUUUGGAGGUUUUGGUCUCUUAGAAAAUCGUCCCAGAGCUGGUGUCAACGGUAGCCUGAGUGUGACAAUAACCGGGAGUGACUCCGCCAUACUGACAGAAGUCAUCUUAGUUGAAUCAUCGGGGGCAGGGAAGGUUAAUGGCAGUGUGGAGGCUCAGGUUGGAGGAGACUUCUUAGUUCAGUUUGACAGGAUACCAUCAGUUGAGUUUGUGGUGCUCAUAAAGGGGCAGAACAGCAAUGCUUCCUCCAGAGCUUCAACAGUGUCCUUCCAAAGGCAGUCAUCCACCAGUAUCAGGGCUUCUUCUGUCACUGUUACGGCUGCUGAUUCAGACAGUAUCUUGGUUCCAGGAAUACCACUUUCUGUUCCCUUCUCUGUGGUGACAAGUGGUGCAGGAGGAAAUUUCAGCAUCCAAGCUACAAAUGACCAAGGUUUUAUGUCAACUUUCCCAUCCAGUUUAUCCCUGGAAACUGGACGCAGUGCUAAUGGUACAGUGAACCUCACAGCACCUUCUAACACGUCAUCUGGUACUGAUGUCACCUUGACCAUUGAGGCUAACGCACCGGGGGGCAAUGAUACCAACUAUGUCGUACUGCGUUUCACUGUCCUCCGCACGGUGACUGAUUUCACUCUGCCAGUGUGUAAGCUGCUCAGCAAACAGUCCAACUGCUCUGCAAACUGCAGUGUGUCGAUGUGGGAGCUCUCUGUUCAGGUGACUGAUGGGCCUGAGGGGACGGGCGUCGACCGCAUCAGCCUCAGACAAGGCAACGGGACCAUGAACACCAGCCUGGCCGCUGACAACGAGAACGUAACAUUGGUGUCCUACAGCGCGUCCUGCUGCUCACCUGAUGUGGAGCUGCUGGUUGUGGAUCGGGUGGGUAAUGUAGGCUCCUGUUUCUACACUGUCCGGACAACGGCCGACAACAGCACGCAACCUGCGAACAUCACUACAACCACCAGCUCACCACUUCCUACAGCAGUUCCUGUUGUGUCUUUGUCUACCAGAACUGUUCAGUCUUUUCUUCUUUGCCUUAGCACCACGGUUCUAGGUCUCGGUUUAUCAUCCGAAAUGGGGAUCAACUGAGUCUUUACAUGUUAUAUUUUCGGUUGAUCAUUAAACGGUGGUGGGACAAAUAAGACUGGGAAACACUGGUGAGGGGAAUGUUUCAGCUUUUGAAAACAACUGCAUCAACUGCUGUCCACUCAGUUGCCAGGUUAAUUAGCGACACAUACUAUAACUAAUGCAGACUAAUACAACAGCCCUGCAAUAAAUCGAUAGAUUCAAAAUCCUAAAGAUAUUCAAUUAAGAAGCUAGCAGCUGGGAAUGCUUGACAUUUUUAUUUCAUGACCAGUACAAUGGUAUAUUACUUGUAAUAGGGGUGUAAUGAUUCUCCAAAUCAACGGUUCGAGCUCGAUCUUUGAGCCACUAUUCAGUUCAUACCUUCAGUUGAUACCAAAAAAAACACAUUGUUGACAUGAAUGUGCCUGGGGGUCUGCAAAAUCAGCGUUAUUAUCCAUCUUCAGCGGACUAGCCUAACUUUUACCGCAGGUAUGAUCACUCGAUCAUGAUUCGACCAAAAUAGGUUCUAACUUUAAAUAAAAUAAUACAUUUGUGAUUUAUGUGUUUUAUAGUGUUAAUUGUGAAAUGAAAAAUUAGUUUUUUUGUUGUCUUGGUUUCAGAAUCAUUACACUCCUAACUCGUACCAUGGAACAACUGAAUAUACCAUCUAUUCCCACCAUUAUAUCAUGGCAGUUAAAAAAAUUCCAUUGAAGCCGUUAUACUGGGAUGUGUUCCUAAUAUUCUGUCUACCCUUGUUGAUAUAAAUGGAUUUAAGUAGUUCAACCUAAUAACCUGGAAACUGCAAUAUUAACUACAUGUGCGACAUGCAUUCAUGCACAUUUGAAAGCUUAAUGUGGUUGUGUGUGAUAUGAUGAAGACCUAGGGCCACGUGAACAUGUCAGUUCACUUAUGAUACUUCAAUCAGGGAUCAUUCAUUCAUAUUAUGGGUAAUGCUGCUGAGCAUUGUGCAAUGAUAUUGUUAAUUGAGUGAUUACAUUUAUUUGAUCAUUUAAAAAUGAUAUCUACAUCUCAGGGUUGCUUCUAUAGCACAUGAUUUAAAAAGAAAAACAUAACAUUAAACAAAAACAAAGAGGACACAAUAAAGCUGAAAAAAAGU